AUGCCUGCCGUACGCACUCGCCUUCUUGGUUGGUCCUCAGGCAGUAACGAUCCUAACGUGGACGCUCCCCUUCCACAACGAUCUUUUCCCAAUUUCUUUUCAUUCAAAACCCACCACGAUAACGACUCUCUUAGCACUGAAACUAACGAUUCUUCACGACAUACCACGACACCAAUAAGGACAGCGACACCCUCCACCCCUCCCACUAUCCCCAUCCCUACCAACUCCUCCCCAUCCACCCCCUCGAGUGGCUCGACAGAUCCUGUACACGUCCGCCGUCCUCGAAACAGCUUCAUCAUAUUCCGUUGCAAAUAUUCCCGCGAACACACCAAAAGUCAGCUCCCCGAUACCCCGGUUGUCAAUGAUACUAUCGCCGCCAAGUCGCUAUCUAAGCGUGCUUCAGAGGCUUGGUCGAAGCUCACGCAAGAAGAAAAAAAGGUAUUUGAGGACAUGGCUUCUCUGGAGAAGGAGGAGCAUGCUAGGAAGAACCCCGACUAUCGUUUCAAGCCCAAGAAGCGGCAACAGGAUUCAAAAAGGCGUAAGCCUCGCCGUAUCCCGUCCCUUGUCGGCCUGCGCCGCCGGAUGGCGUCUACUUCCCCACAGCAGUCGCAAGGGCAUUCGGUAUCGUCUUCCCCGGCGGGUUCUUCUUCCUCCCUCUUGCCCACCAUCCACGCCCAGCAGCCUCUCCCUACGCCCCUUCAAUUCGACACUGCUCCCAAAUUUGUCGAUCCAGCGGUGAAAGCGGCGCGACGAAGGUCGGCAUCAGCUCCUCAGCCAUACAAACCCGUAGCUCUCCCCGCACUCCCACAAAUAGAGCGGCCAGACAUUCACCAACGAUCCCGGUCGAUCGUUGCUAGACCAAUUGCCGUCCCUCACAGCCGAGCUGACUAUACACGAUUUGGAUACCCUCCUCUUGGUGCGAUUCCAAGGCCGAUACCACCACCUUCACUCUCUUCGCCAGAUUUAUCGUUUGGUUACGACGGCACUCCCUUCUUCCGCAGCGAUUGUCAGCCCCAGAGUCGUAUGCUUAGCUACACGGGUUCGAUGCAAGGUCAUUUCAAUCCAGACGGCUCUACUCAGAUACCUAACUAUAGCAUCGGCGCGUUUGAAGACUUGUCUCGCACUCGAUAUAUUUCCCCCCUGACAGCGGUAGCUACUACCCUCUCUGGAUGGAGCAGCGAUUUCACCGCGACGCCGUCGACGACGCCCCUCGUACCAUCUUCCCCAAUCGAGUCUCCCUUGCUCUGGCAAGAGAACUAUAUCGUUUCACAGAAUCCCGACAUUUCUCAAGCUCAGUCACCAUCCUACCCCAUCUUAGACAACAAAUCAUAUAGCAAUGUCGAUAACGCAAACGUCUUGUACGACGAUUCGCCUUUAGGACUUUCCACACCACCCUACUCUGAAUCCGACACUUCACCUCCCCCCUUCAUGCUUUCUAAUCUCCAACCAGGGUUGGAGCCUUACCAGGAAGCAUCGGAACGCAGCCAAGCCUUGCAGGAGUACGAACUGGGACUCAGCGAGCGAGUAGGCUCAGGGUCGCCAAUCUUCGGGUCCGCUGACAAUUCGCAAGAGUUGGAGGGUUUGGAUUUUGGUACGGAACCGUUCGAUUUUGAUUUGAACACUCUUUUCCCUCCUUCCGACAUCUUCUGA